AGUAGUAAAUUUCCUUUUCGAUUUCGAUUAUUUAAGAUAAUCUACGAAAGCUGAGAUUUUCUUAUUAUUGAAAGAAAAAGGUCAACAAUCAAUUUUUAUUACGUUACAAACAUUUUUGUCAUACCUCUUUUGUAAUCGGUUUUAUUGAUUAAUGCUUACUAUUUUAUUUAUUACAAUCCAAAUAGUUUGUUUAGAAUGUCAAGCAAGGAGGAUUUGGCUAAUCAACAACCGGAAAAUGUAAACUAUAGUGGGCUUCGUAGAAGAAAUUUUGUAAUAUCUGCUCAAGAAAAAUUUGAACAGGCGUCUCAACUUCUCAGAAGAAAAAUACCGUAUUCCGGCCAUUUUUUAGCCCCUAAAAGACUGUGGCUAAAACGAGUUUCUACUCCAAAUUGCGAUGUCGUUAUUACCUUUCCCACUGAAGCAAAAGAUUCGUUAUUACUAUGGCUAUUAUCUAAAUUGAAACAGUCUCCUGGAUUAACUGUUCAUGUACGACAUCAUACUUCAACACAGUCAAGUGCUUUUUAUGUAACUGCUCCUUUUGUUGUGCUUCUUCGUGCUGCAGAGGAGUACCAUUUACCAAAAGCCUUAAAAGAAGACAAAGGUGGUGGGCUAAAAGAAUUUUUUGUUCAAGAUUUUAGCUCAUAUGAGAAUUCAGACAACGAAGAUAAUUUUUUUACCACAGAGGAAAGACAAUGGCUAGUUUUGCAUAUUCUUGAAAGUAUUCGUGCAAAAUCAACAGAUAUAAAUGUUAUUCCUGAACUUUCUCUCAUAGAGGGUCAGCCUAUAAUUCCAAAAUGCCUAACAGAAGGAAUGAUAUCACAAGUAUUCCCAUUACAUGAUCCACCUGCUUUAGAGAAAUUACAAAAUGUUUGGGUUUGUGAUGUAUUCAACAAGCAACCUUUAGAUGAAAUUACUGAGUAUUUUGGAGUGAAAAUUGGAAUGUAUUUUGCUUGGUUAGGUCAUUACACAACUGCUCUUAGUAUACCUGCUAUAUUUGGUUUUGUAUUUUGGUUGUGCUGUAAUGGAAAACACCAAACAUUAGAAGAUGUGGGUUAUGUGGUAUUUUCCAUAUUCAAUGUAGUAUGGGUAACAACGUAUUUACAAGCUUGGAAACGUUAUUCUGCCGAAUUGGCAUUUAGAUGGGGAACACUAGAUCAACGGGACAAUCUGUUGGCAGAACCCAGACCAUUAUUCAGAGGUCCAUUAGAAAUCAGUCCAGUAACGAAACGACUGGAACCUUAUCAUCCGCCUUGGAAGAGACAUGUGUUUCGCUAUUUUGUAUCAGUACCGAUUAUAACUGUAUGCUUGAUUGCUGUAUUUUGUAUCAUGAUUGUUUCCUUACAAAUACAGGAUUAUUGGGAUGGUUUCUUAAAGAACCAUGGCUUGCCACAUUGUUUGUGUUACUUACCAAAAAUAAUGCUUGCAGUUAUUAUUUCACUGAUGGACGAAGCUUAUUUUAAAAUAGCUAUUUGGUUAAACGACAAAGAAAAUUACCGUCUUGAGACAAAGUAUGAAAACCAUCUGAUUGGAAAAGUUGCUCUGUUCCAGUUUGUCAAUUCAUUUUUAUCGCUGUUUUAUAUUGCUUUUUAUUUGCAAGAUCAAGCAAGGCUUAAAGAGCAAUUAGCUGCCUUAUUAAUAGCUCGCCAGGUGAUAGGCAAUAUAAAAGAGUCGGCUUUACCUUAUUUAUUAGAACACAUGAGGUUGGCAAAAUUAAGUUUUGACAUGUGGGGUGCUCUAAGUCCUCUAAGUAGUAAAUCUCCACCCGGUAGUAAUACAGAAACUCCGGAAACUCAGAACAACGAAACAAAAGAUGAUAAUUCCGAUACGAAUACUAAAAGAACUAUGAGUCAAGCCGAGUUAGAAAGUACAUUGUAUAAAUAUGAUGGAACAUUUGCUGAUCAUUUAGAGAUGACUAUACAAUUAGGAUACGUCAUUCUAUUUUCUUCGGCAUUUCCUCCUGCUGCUUUAUGUGCAAUGCUCAAUAAUCUCAUAGAAAUAAGAAGUGAUGCCUUUAAAUUGGCUUAUGUAUGCCAGAGACCGUUCGGGCAAAGAGUUCCUAAUAUCGGAACUUGGCAGAACUGUAUGGAACAUAUGAGCAUCAUGGCUGUAUUGGUGAACUGUGCUCUCAUUGGCCUUUCUGGUCAAGUACAUCGAAUGUUUUCAGAUAUGACAGCCACGCAAACUAUACUUUUAAUAGUUGCUUUAGAGCAUAUUAUGUUAGUUAUAAGAUUCAUAAUAACCUGUGCCAUACCAGAUAUCCCAGGCUGGUUAGCAACGGAAAUGGCUAAAAUAGAAUGGGCCAGAAGAGAAGCCAGUAGAAUUUCAAAUAGUACCCCUUCACCUGAAGAAUUAACAUCUAAACUUAUAGGAAGGUUUUCAGUAUCUCCUAGUCACACAGUAACACAAACUCCAGAUAACGUAAAGAAAUCAAUGGAGAAAUUAAAGCAACACGAUUUGGAACGUUCAAAGGAAACAAGCCCUGUACCUACACCGACGACACCAGGUACUUCCAACACUUCUAGUCAUAAGAGCACCGGAGGUAUCACGAUAGAUAGUAUAGCUGAAAUACCCCCGUUCAGGCCCAGAAAGUCAAAAGAAUGGAUACAAACACCAAUGGAAACUGAUAUGCAUCAUCUAACUAUUGGUCCUGGUGGAGUAGAGUGGGUUCGAAGACUUAAGGAAGACUCCGAAGUUCAUCGUAGCACUGAUUGUAUUGCUCCAAAAGACGCAUCAAGUUCAGACUCUGAUUUACUGAAAACCAGUCCAUUGUGGCCUCCAAGACCUAGAACCCCUCCCCAAAUACCAGCAAGAGCAAGACCUUUGGUCCCUCAAGAUCCCUCACUCAGUGAUAGUGUAAAAAGUGUUUCCAGCCAAGAAACUGCAGAUGAAGCAGCAGCCAAAGCCGCUGCAGAAGAGCUGGCGGCAAAGAAAACACGAGUGAAACAGAGUCUAAUGAAGAGGGCAAGAUCUGUCGCUAUAUUUUCUUUGAAAUUGAAAGAACGUCGUGCUAGGGAAGCUCAGGAAAAAGGCUUGAAACCUCCUGUAACUCCUACUGCCCCACUUCCACCACCGCAACAGGGAGGUGAACUGGCUUGUAUACCUAUUGAAAAGCUUAUCCAACUUGAGGACCUGAAACGUAUUCAGAGACCUAGUAGUAAUCAACCUGGAAGUUUGUAGCAAAAUUCAUUUAACUAACAUCGAUAAAUGUGAAAUAAGGUCUCAUUGUCUGAUGUCUUCAUAUUUUGUAUAGGUGAAAACAUGAGUCUGAGAUAUGUUCAAAAACUGUGUUUUUGUUCUAUUUUAAUUCCGGCUAUUGUAUAAUUAAAAACGAAUUAUUGUUUUUUAUAACUAUAAAUAUCGGCAUUUCGUAAAUUGUUCAAACUAAAACUUAUAAUUUAGCUAUCGUACAUUCCCAUAUCAUUAGGACUGAUAUGACAUUGCCGAAAGUACUUCCAACAAAAAAAGCAAAUAUUUUAUUAACUAGGAUUUUUUAACUUUUUAUAUAUUUAUUGAAAGAAGAUUGAGUCUUGUCCCUUUUCAACAUAUUUAUUAAAAAAAUGAAAGAAACUUCAUAAGCACAAACUGAUUAAGAGAGUUGCGCUUGUUUUCAUCAAUCAUUAUAAAUAUUUGUUCAGUCCUGUAUCUUUUACUUCCAAAAGCUCUUCUAUGUCACUAAGUUAUUUUACAAUAUGUACCUAGACAGGUGAGGUGAGGCUUAACCCUGCUUAACAACAGACUAAUUUCUCACAUAAUUUGAGUUUUGAAUUUGAAAAAAAAUUGAGAGUAAAUAUAUCUUAAAAAACCUAAAAAGUGAUAAGAAAAAUUUGUUUAGAAUCAAUAUGUAAGCUCAUAUACCACAUUUCAAAA